AUGGAAACCCCCAAGGAGAAGCCGUCCUGGCAAGAAAUUGCUCAGGGGGUGCAGAAAACUCGCGACGAUUCUAUCGCACACGUCGACCCCCCUAUACCUUCGUUGCCUACAGCACUACCCAACCGGGUGAUCGAUAUUCCUCGCCAGCUCCUCUCCUCUUCGGAGGUAUCCAUCACGGAAACAUCUGCUGAGGACUUGGUAGUCUCUCUAGCUGCGGGGGAACUGACCGCGACCGCGGUCGCAAGGGCAUUCCUGCGACGUGCAGCAAUUGCCCAAAAACUGACCAAUUGUAUCUAUGAACUCCUCCCCGAGCGCGCUCUUGCCCAGGCAGAACGAUUGGACAAUUACUUGGUCGAACAUGGAACACCAGCAGGGCCGUUGCACGGCUUACCUAUCAGUGUCAAAGCACACGUAGGAAUUGCCGGACGAGACAACACGGCCGGAUUUGUCGGCUGGGUUGGCCGAAAAAACACGGACGAUGCGAAAAUCGUCAAGAUUCUCGUCGACGCGGGUGCCGUAGUGUAUGCAAGAACGACGGAGCCGCAGGGUUUGAUGGCACUCGAAACCUGCAGUAACAUCACAGGAAAUACCGUGAAUCCCCAUAAUACGGCCCUGUCUGCGGGCGGUUCAUCAGGGGGUGAGUCCGCGUUGCAAGCGCUUUAUGGCAGCCCCCUCGGAAUUGGAUCAGAUAUCGGUGGCAGCAUCCGAUCUCCUGCCUCGAACUGCGGGCUGUAUGGCCUCAAGCCAACCAAUGGCCGGGUUCCAUUGAUUGGAUGCGCCGCAUAUGUGAUCGGCUGUGAAACAAUCCUAGGCACCUUGGGGCCACUCUCACCCACCCUAGGAGGAAUUAAACUUUUUAUGAAGACAAUACUGGCCGCCAAACCUUGGACCACUGACCCCUCAUUGCACCAAAUUCCAUGGCGCGAUAACGAAUCUCACAUCUACCGAGAUGGAAAGAAAAAGCUUACCGUGGGAGUGUUAUGGGAUGAUGGUGUCGUGAAGCCUGCACCACCAGUAGCAAGGGCCUUGCAAGAAAUGAUGGACCGGUUGAAAGCCUUUCCUUCCGAUGUGGAGGUCAUCGAGUGGAAGCCUUACAAACAGAAAGAAGCAUUAGAGAUUCUUACGAGGCUAUACGCUCCUGAUGGCGGCAAGGCAUUCGCUGAAAACCUCGCCCUCUCAGGAGAACCCUACUUGCCACUCUUAGCAUGGACACUCCGAGACACCCCUGGAGUUGAGGAGCUCAGUCUGCAUGAAGUCUGGGAGUGGACUCUUAAGCGCGAAAUGUUCCGAUACUCUUACCUCCAAGAAUGGAACACGGUCGCUCCGAAGAUGGAUGUGAUCCUCUGCCCGGCGUACCCAACACCCGCGCCACUGCUUGACACCUCCCGUUAUUGGGGAUACACAUCAAUCUGGAAUCUGUUGGACUACCCAGCAAUUGUUUUCCCUGUCACCAAGGUCGACCCUACAAGGGAUGCGAAGGACCCGACAUACACGCCCCGAAACGAAUUCGAUAGUUGGUGUCAUAAUCAUUACGAUACGCAAAAGCAACAGGAAGCGCCGGUCUGUUUGCAGCUGGUAGCGAAGAGAUUUGAGGACGAGAAAGUUGUCCAGGCCCUGGAGGUCAUUAAGGAGAAAAUUGGAUUACCUUUCGUGGACUGCUUAGCAUGA